GUCGGAAAUAAUCUUGGAAUGGACAAGAAGUUGCAUCUUGAAAAACAAAAUACUCAUGGUUAUUGUUUCAGGAUUACUCGAAAUGAUGCAUCUUGUAUCAGUGGAAAAAAACAAUAUCUUGAACUUGCUACGCAGCGUAAUGGCGUAUUCUUUACAACUACUAAAUUAAGACAACUGAGUACAUCUUAUUUUGAUAGUUUAGAUUUAUAUGAAAAGGAGCAAAGUUUAUUAGUCAAAGAAGUCAUUGAUAUAGCAGCAUCUUAUUGCCCUACAUUGGAAACUUUGAAUGGAUUAUUGGCUCACCUUGAUGUCAUAGUAAGUUAUGCGCAUGUUUCGGUUCACGCACCAAUACCAUACGUUCGUCCCAAAAUGAAUAAUAAAGGUGAAGGAGAUGUUGUAUUGAAAAAUUCCCGUCAUCCUUGUUUAGAAGUGCAAGAUGAUGUUUCAUUUAUACCAAAUGAUGUUAGCUUAAUACGAGGUCAACAUGAAUUUUUAAUCAUUACGGGACCAAAUAUGGGAGGAAAAUCAACUUAUAUCCGCCAAAUUGGUGUUAUUGCUUUGAUGGCGCAAAUUGGUUGUUUUGUACCCUGUACAGAAGCAAGUCUUUGUAUAUUUGAUUGUGUUCUUGCAAGAGUUGGAGCUGGUGAUAGUCAACUUAAGGGUGUCUCUACAUUUAUGGCGGAAAUGUUGGAAACGGCAAACAUUCUAAAGACUGCAACCCCCAAUUCUUUGAUAAUUAUCGAUGAACUUGGAAGAGGAACUAGCACUUAUGAUGGAUUUGGUUUAGCUUGGGCUAUUUCGGAACAUAUUUCGACGCGUAUUCGAUGUUUUUGUAUGUUUGCGACACAUUUUCAUGAAUUAACAACAUUGAGUGAAGAAGUUCCAUAUGUAUGUAAUUUACACGUCACGGCACAUAUUGGGUCAAACUCUUCGGGUGGAAGAGAUAUUACAUUAUUGUAUAAAGUUAAUGAAGGUGUUUGUGAUGAAAGUUUUGGUAUUCAUGUUGCGGAAUUGGCAAAUUUUCCUGAUACUGUUGUUAAGCUUGCAAGGAGAAAAGAGAAGCAACUGGAAGAGGUUACAAAACAUGAAGAAAAAGACGGUGAAGAAAUUUUUCCUAAAGAAGUUAUCGAGAAAGGAAGUACUAUUAUUGAAGAAUUUUUAAAAGAAAUAGCAAAUACCCCUGAUAUUGAUUCCAUGGAUUAUAAAUCAAUAUUGGAACGUAUUUCUACGGUUAAAAACCAAUAUCAAGAUAAAAUCGAAAAAAAUUCGUGGUGCCAGGAGGUUAUCUCUAGAUUUUGA